AUGUCCAACCCCCCUAUCUUCCUCGCCAUCAUCGGCCUCGGCGGCGUCGGUCAAGCCUUCCUCGAGCAAUACGAACAGCUCCGCCAACGCCUAGCCUCCCAACCCAACCCUACCAAUCUCGCUCUCAUCCUUGCACGCCGCAGCAAGACCCAAGUCCUCUCCGAGCGAUAUGGCGGGCUCGACGCUACAAAGAUCAUGCAGAUGCUUGACGAGAGCAAGAAGCCGUACCUACCGUUCGACGCGAUACUAGAGUUCCUGCAGAAUGCGCCUGGCAAGGUGGUGUUGGUGGACAAUACGUCGGACCUGGACCUAGCGAAGAACUAUCCCGCGGUGCUGAGCAAGGGCAUUUCGGUCGUGACCCCGAAUAAGAAGGCUUUCUCGGAUGAUAUCAAGCUAUGGGAUAGCAUCUUUGAGGCAGCGGCGAAGGGAGGGAGCCAUGUUUUUCACGAAAGCACAGUGGGCGCUGGACUGCCGGUCAUCAGCACCUUGACAGAGCUGAUCGAGACAGGCGAUGAAGUCGUGAGGAUAGAGGGUGUGUUCAGCGGGACGAUGUCCUUCUUGUUCAACUCGUUCAUGCCCGUCGGAGCAGAAGGAGGAAAGUUCAGCGCAGAGGUCAAGAAGGCAAAGGACUUGGGCUACACCGAACCCGAUCCUCGAGACGAUCUCAACGGCCUCGAUGUCGCCAGAAAGCUUACGAUCCUCGCACGGAUAGCCGGCCUGAAAGUCGAGAGCCCAACCGCAUUCCCAGUACAAAGCCUCAUCCCCCAAGCCCUCGAAUCCUGCAGCUCCGGCGAUGAGUUCAUGCAGAAGCUACCCGAGCACGAUGACGAGAUGGAGAAACUCAAGAGCGAUGCGAUCAAGAAGCGGAAGGUGUUGCGAUUCGUCGGGAGUAUCGAUGUUAAGUCGAACAGUGUCAAGGUCGGGCUGGAGCAGUUCGAUGCGAGUCACCCGAUCGCGGCACUGAAAGGGAGCGACAACAUCAUCAACUUCUAUACCAAGCGUUAUGGUGCAAAUCCGCUCAUCGUUCAGGGCGCUGGUGCGGGUGGUGAGGUGACUGCGAUGGGUGUUACUGGGGAUCUGAUCAAGGUCAUUCGGUUGUUGAGAUGA